AUGGUACGGCCAACUUUGAGGGCCUCGUCUGGCCUAUCAUGGUCCUUAUAUUUGACGGCAACGCUAUUGUUCCUUAUCUCCAUUGCAAUCAAGGCACAGGCAACCCCGAUCCAAGACGUCCAGAAACUCCUGAGUGAUGUCUUGCCUGCAGAGCUAAGAUUUGCACUCCCUUUUAGCAGCCCUGUGGAAGACUCGGAAGACCUCAAUCUCAAUGAGCCCGAGUCUAACUCCGCACAGUCGAGCCCUGCCCAGACCUUGCAGGACCUCCUGGACGCAUUGACGGUCAUGCAAGACAAAUAUUUCUCACUGUGGCUGGCAAAAUGGCCGACCUGCAUCGAUUGGACGGCCGCAGUCGCAGGAACACACCUAACAGCGUCCCUCUCCUCUUUCUCGUCGCACGCGCUCAACAUCGCCGACUCGGCCCGGACCCCCAGCCCCACGACCUACGAUUUGCCGCGCACGAGAACACCGUCAACCGCUUCUUCAGCCACAGCCUACGAUGAUAUGCUCUGGGUCGUCCUCGAAUGGCUCGAGAGCAUCAAGUUCCAGGAGCUGCAUACAGACCUCCACUACCCCAACCAAUCCGCCUCUGACGCGUGGUAUGGAACUCAAUUCCGUGACGCUGCCGCCCACCGGGCGCGCAUCUUCUGGGAUCUCGCCGCCGUGGGCUGGGACCGCACCCUGUGCGGUGGCGGAAUGGUCUGGAACCCCUCGCUGAUACCCUACAAAAAUGCCAUCACCAAUGAGCUAUACAUCUCCGCCAGCAUCGCCAUGUACCUGUACUUUCCCGGUGACCCCAUCGAUGCGCCCUUCAUGGCGGAAGCGAACGCACUGCCGACCCCCCUCGCACGACCCUAA